AUGGUCCGUCACAAGAAAGACAACUUCGCACGAGGAGGCAAGAAAUUCUCCUCCAACCCCCGCCCACGCCCAGUACCCCGCGAUGACGACGAUGGUUCGGCUACAAACAGGCCUGCCUUCAAAGCCGCCUGCUGGGAUUUAGGACACUGCGAUCCGAAGCGAUGCUCUGGAAAGAGACUGAUGCACUUUGGGUUGAUGCGAGAACUGGCAAUCGGUCAGAAGUUUGCCGGGGUGGUGAUCUCGCCAAAUGCAAAGAAGAUUCUCUCCCCGGCCGAUCGCGAAUUAUUAGAGCAAUUCGGAGCUGCCGUGGUAGAGUGUUCCUGGGUGAGGGUCAAGGAAGUCCCUUGGUCGCGAAUCGGCGGUAGAUGCGAAAGACUGUUACCAUAUCUCAUUGCAGCCAACACAGUGAAUUAUGGACGGCCCUGGCGGUUAAACUGCGUCGAAGCGUUAGCAGCCUGCUUCUGCAUCUGUGGGCAUGAAGACUGGGCGCGAGAGGUCCUCAAGCACUUCAACUACGGCGAAGCCUUCCUCGAGAUCAAUUCGGCCCUGCUCAAACGAUACGCUGCCUGUGCGACGGAGGAGGACAUCAAGAAAGCGGAGGAAGAGUGGUUGGCCAAGAUUGAGCGGGAGUACGAGGAGAAUCGCGCUGAGGGCGGUGCCGACGAUAUGUGGACGGUAGGAAAUACAAACAGACGAGCUGCACCGGCCGAAUCAGACGCAGAAGAGGACGAGGACGAGGACGGGGACGAGGACGAGGAUGAUGAUGAUGAAGAAGCAGCGGAGGAAGAACGAGACCCGUACGCCAUCUCAGACGACUCUGAAGACGAAGCCCAAAUGGCCGAGAUCCGUGCCAAAAUCCUCAACUCGAAAUCGUUCCAGAACCCUUCCGUCCCGGACAAGCCCCAACCCGAGAAGAUCGCUCGGCCGGAUCCGACGCCUGUGGAAGAUUCAGAUGCCGAGUCCGGAUCAGCUGCUAGCGACGAGGAGGAAUUCGAUAAGAUCAUCAACGCGACGCCUGUGACAGAUCGAACGGGCAUCAUUGCCGCGUCGCAGCGCAAGGGCAAAGAGACGUUCAGUGCGUCGUUCUCUCGGACGGUCAUUAAUGCCCCACAGAGAUGGUAG